AUGCCGUCUCUCGCAAAGUAUCAAGAAGCUGAGCUUUUCAAGGGCUUGUCCAUGACCGAGGACGGGUCUGACAAUGGCGCUGCCAUGUCCAGCAACGGUGUGAGCUUUGCCACUGCCUCGGAGCUUCGCGUGGGCAAAUUCUGCCUGAUCCAAGGCUUCCCCUGUCGCAUUCGUGACAUUCAGCGCUCGGCCCCUGGCAAGCAUGGCCAUGCCAAACUCCGCAUCGUGGGCGUGGGUAUCUUUGACCAGCGCAAACGCGAAACCAUCUUUUCCGCUCAUCAAAAUGUCUUGGUUCCCACGGUGGAAAACCGAUCCAACAUUCUUGCAACUCCUCAAGUCGGAGGUUUUCAGAUUGUCGUGGCAUCGGAUGGUAUGCCUUUUGUGUUGUCGUGGACUGAUGAAGAGAAUACGCCCCAGAACGGCAGCUACGUUGUGUUGACUGUCGUCAUUGCUUGCGGCCACUUUCGAAUCACUGGAUUUCGUCCCAUCUCGGAGGAGGAAGCUACCGCCUUGCGCAAGCAGAGCCAGGAAGGAACCAAGGAAGAGGAGCUCUCUUCUGUCCUCUCCAAGAAGGAACAACGCAAACUCAAGAGGUCAUUGAAGAAACGAGCCGCCGUUCCGACAGUCGUAGAUUAA